CAGAUUGGGCAAGUAAUGCUGGCCAUGCCUCACGCAGUUUCACUGUGCGGCAUGAGAGUGGCCAUCCCCAUGAUGGUCCUCUACUCACUGGGCUCCAUCUGGACCAUCCACUUGCUAACCACCCUCUACCUGGAGCUCAAACAAAGAAAGAAAAGGGCGACACAGUACUUCAAUGUGGUGGGGGAGCUAACAGGGAGCAGUAUCGUGAAGGUUUUUGUCACGGUUAUCACCAUUAUUUCCCUGCUGUGCACGGGGAUUGCCCAGAUCGUGGCCAUUGCCACGGGGUCCUACUACCUCAACACAUCCAUCGACAAACGGACUUGGACGCUGAUAUGGGGAGGGAUACUUUCGGUCACAAUGUCCCUGGUUCCAAACUUCCGCCACUUUAGGCUGCUGAACAUUAUAUCCCUUGUGGGCACUGCAUACACAGCAGUAUACCUUAUUGCAACAGCAGCGUCCACUGGGCUGCCUCAGGCGAGCUAUGCUCUGACGGCUGGCCCACUCAAAGCGCAGAAUGUGUUUCUGGGCGCCAAUGUGUUCAUGAGCGGCUUUGGGGGCCACAGCAUGUCUUUUGAGGUGAUUGAUGCACUGUUCAACCCCGGGUGCUAUGACACCGUCUACCCUUACAGCUACCUCUUCACGUGGUUUGUCACCAUUCCCCACUCGCUGCUCGCGCAGCUGGCCUUCCCUGCCGACAAUGCCAAGUACAGUAACAUCUAUGGAGCAGUGCCAAAUAACGCUGCCAGAAAUGCAUCCAUUGUGCUGAUGAUCAUUCACCAAGCCGUGGCCUACGCCCUUUACGUGACCCCUGUGUUCUUCAUGUGGGAGAAGCUGGUGGGAACACAUGACAAACCGCUGUGGAUCCGGCUGCCCUCAAGACUGCCUGUAGCGCUGCUCGUCUGGUUUUUUGCGCUGAUCUUCCCAUUCUUCGACACCAUCAACGCCGUACAAGGCGCCGUCGGCUACUCCUUCACAGCGUUUGUUUUCCCGACAGCCGCCUACCUCUGGGUCUACAAAAGCGCCAAAGCCCGGAACAACGCACCCAAAGUGCCCAGGUUCAUUGGGGGCUGGACGGCGGCAAUGCUGCUCAACACAGUCAUGUUGCUGUGGUUCACUAUCUUUGGGGUGGGCUUUGGCACAUGGGCGGCCAUCAAAAACCUCGUUGACCAAGUGAACAACCUGGGCGUGUUUGCCAGCUGCUACCAGUGCUCCAGCAUUUUGGCCACCAACGUCAUCAAGGGCUAG